GCGUGACCCUUUCCUCACGUGGGUGCUUGUUACUGUCGUGUUCGUAAUGGGAUGUGGUAUGAAGUUCUGGUUUGGAUUUGGUUAUAAUGGGUUUGCACAAAUACAGCAUACUGGUGGCAAAGAAUCGCCCAUUAAGAAUUUUGUUUCUAGAAAGAAAAUUCUAAUACCCGAAUCAAUACAUAGAGAUGACAACGUUGUCUGGAAGGAAUUUGGCUCUAUCAGAAAGCCAGUACCAUCCUGGAGUGAUACUGUCUUUCUUACAGAUAGUGGCCGCCUCAUUCCAUCUGGCUUUCCAAGACAUUUUCCUUGUCAGAUCCAGGGAUGCAGAGACCUUCAUGCCUCCGAGAAUUUCCUUCUACUGCAGUUUCAGGAUAGAGUAGAAUGCUGGGAUACAAGGCCUACAGCUGAAAGAAAAAAAGGAACCCUUGUCUGGCAGUGUGAACUUGCAGAAGAUGAACAGUAUGUGUUUCCUUUAGUGCCCAAAGGCUAUUUGAUUCCUAGACCUCCUUUUUUCAAAAUGCUCACACUGGAAAAUAAAGCACUGAAACUAGUACUGGGAACUGAACAUGCCAUGAUGCUAAGUUGCGUCAAGACGGUUUACUCUUGGGGUUCUGGAAGGCAUGGACAGCUGGGGCACAGUGUACUGGCAGAUGAGACUGAGCCACGUAUUGUUGAAGCUCUCCAGGGAUUAGUGAUGGUGGAUGUGGCAGCUGGAGGCUGGCAUUCCGUCAGUAUUAGUGAUGGAGGUGAUAUCUAUAUCUGGGGAUGGAAUGAGUCUGGACAACUUGGCUUUCCAUCUAAAACACUUUGUGAGAAACCCGAGCCUGGUCACACUUCAGAUUCUGCUCAUAAAGAGUCAUCUUCCCCAGGAGGGAGUGCACAGCAGAACAACAGAGCUGAAAUGUUCAUUUCCAUUCAGGCGUUUCCCGCCCUUUUGGAUUUACCAAAAAUGUCAGAAGUCAGCAAAGUGAGUUGUGGGUCACGCCAUACAGCUGCAGUCACAUGUGAUGGAGACUUGUAUACAUGGGGAUGGGGUGCAUAUGGACAACUUGGCCAUGGUGAUACAACCAGCUGUGAUGAACCAAGAAUUGUACAGUAUUUCUCAGAGCACAGUCUGUUUGUUUUGGAUGUAGUAUGUGGACCCUGGAAUACCUUUGUUUGUGUGAUUGAUAAACAAGUUCAAAGCCAAAGUGUGCCUUCAAAAACAGAACACUCUUUCAAUGCUUAAUUUUUGUCUUCAACCAGAAAUUAUUUAUAUUUAUGUUCCAAAUAUUGAUUUGUGAUGAUCAGUGGUUGCAUGCCUUUUGCAUCACUGCAGUUGCACGUGCAGUAUGUGGACUGGGGUUAUCAACAACUGUUACUAGACUUUUUUUUGCAUUUGUUUAUGUCAGUUUGCUUAAUCAGUAGUGGAGUGUGUACAUGCAAUGAAAGAUGAUGGAAAUUUAGACUGCAUACAUUCAUUUACUGGCAGACAUAUUUGGGAGAAUUACUUCUGCUUCAUAGCAACAGAAUGUGCUUUGGAAUUUCCUUAGGUUGGAGAGGAGAACAUUUUUCCAAUUAGGAAAUGUAAUGACUGACUUCAGUCUUACAACCAUAUAUGGACCAAAUGAAGAGUUUUCGUAUGGGUUCAUGAAAUGUUUGUCAUAUCUAGAUAACUGUAUGCAUAUAAUUUCCUAAUGCACUGCAUUUGGGCAUCGCAGAAAAUUAUACUGUACCAGGGUUUUGAUGCAUUUCUCAGGUAUUUGGAAUGUUUUUCUACAGAAUUGUAAGUAUCAUGGAAUAAUAAAGUCUACCAUGUUUUGAUGACAUUGAUAA